AUCAGCUGUUACAACAAAAGUCAGGCAGUGUACUUUGGUGUGCUGACUGAUGUAGUACUCCAGUGGUCCUGCUUGGCUCUACACCUGUGAGGUACUCCUGCUAGGCUCUACCCCUCUGAGUUGAUGACUGGCGUGUCUUGCCACAAGUGAGCCACAGAAUUUGGAAUCUCAGCAACAAGAACGACAAAAAUAAUUCAUUUUCGCUGGAAAGGAAGCAAUCUUGCCUCAACAGAGGUCAAACUGACAGGAAGGCGGGUCACACUCUCGGGAGCAGAGGUCACAGCGAUGGUGAAAACAGUGUCUUCAGCACCAGGGUCGGCAGAGCAAGGGGAGUUGACAGUGUCGGACUUGCUAGCUUUUAAGAUCAAAGGAGGAGAGCUCACAGACAAUCAAAUAAAUUUCCUUGCCAGAGCCAUCACUGACAGGACUAUGGACGACUGUCAGCUAGGUUCGGUGAUGUGUUGGCCUGAGGACUGGUUGGUGGCAGACAAGCACAGUACUGGUGGUGUGGGAGACAAGGUGUCCCUGGCACUGGCACCAGCUUUGGCGACCCUGGGUCUCAAGGUGCCUAUGAUCAGUGGUAGAGGACUUAGUCACACCGGUGGCACUCUUGACAAGCUAGAAAGCAUUCCAGGUGAAGUUAAAUUGUAUUAA